AUGCCAGUCUUGAACAAGAAGAUGCGUUGGAUGACGCUCGGUGGUCAAUACGAUUGGACUGCGAAACAGUACCCGGACGCCACACCGCCAUCGUUUCCUGCCGAUGUAAAGGAGUUGCUAGAAGACACCUUCACGAGUACUAAAGCAGAAGCUGCAAUAGUCAAUUUGUACUCACCAGGCGACACACUCAGCGUCCACCGUGACGUUGCUGAGAGUAGCGACACUGGAUUGAUCAGCAUCAGCCUUGGAUGUGAUGCGAUCUUUGUCAUUGGCACAUCAUCCGAACCUGCAGCAACACAGGAAACGAAUAGCGAUAAUCAUACAACUCCAACGGACGAGCGUGUGUUAGCGAUCCGACUACGAUCAGGUAGUGCGGUCUACAUGAGUGGCACGUCGCGCUUCGCAUGGCAUGGCGUUCCACAGAUUGUGCCUGGAACUUGCCCCACGUAUCUUGAGUCCUGGCCGGCGGGAAGAAACGUUAACGACAACGAAUUUGAGGCAUGGAGGGGCUGGAUGGCGAGGAAGAGAAUCAACGUAAAUGUUCGCCAAAUGUGGGAUUGA